UUGAGAGGCAGAAGGCUGCUGGCGGAGUGAUGUUGCCUGUUGAUUAAUUUUAUAUGAAUGAAGCUGGCAGCCGGAGACAGGGUUAGACGGGGAACGGAACGCCGUGGAGAAUGGGAUCAUGCUUUUCACUCCCGGGGAAAAGAGGGGAAAAAACUCGCUUCGAAUACCACGCCAGAACCGAGUCCUAACGGGAUUCUUAAAGCCUUCGCUAAUAAGCAACCGAGAUAUAACUGCGAGAGAGGGGUAUUGCCUUUAACCUGUAUGUCCUGUAAAUUGGCAGAAAGCACUGGCAGCAUCAUCUCCUGCAGUAAGGUGUAAACGUUGGGAGUUUUCCACACCCCACCUGGCAAGAUGGUGGCCUUGUCCUUGAAGAUCUGUGUGCGCCAGUGCAAUGUGGUGAAGACUAUGCAGUUUGAGCCCUCCACAGCGGUGUAUGAUGCCUGUCGGAUAAUUAGAGAGAGGGUACCUGAAGCUCAGACUGGGCAAGCUUCUGAUUACGGGCUGUUCCUUUCGGAUGAAGACCCCAGGAAAGGGAUUUGGCUGGAGUCUGGCAGGACUCUGGAUUACUACAUGCUACGGAAUGGGGACAUUCUGGAGUACAAGAAGAAACAGAGGCCUCAGAAGAUCAAGAUGCUUGAUGGUGCAGUAAAAACUAUCAUGGUGGACGAUUCUAAAACUGUGGGAGAGCUACUGGUCACCAUAUGCAGCAGAAUAGGCAUCACAAACUAUGAGGAAUACUCCUUGAUCCAGGAGGUGGUGGAGGAGAAGAAGGAAGAUGGGACGGGAACACUCAAGAAGGACAGGACUCUCUUGCGUGAUGAGAGGAAAAUGGAGAAAUUGAAAGCUAAGCUUCACACAGACGACGACUUGAACUGGCUGGAUCACAGUCGUACCUUCAGGGAACAGGGGGUGGAUGAGAAUGAAACGCUGCUUCUGAGGCGAAAGUUCUUCUACUCUGACCAGAAUGUCGAUUCCAGAGACCCUGUGCAGCUCAACUUGCUCUAUGUGCAGGCCCGUGAUGACAUUUUAAAUGGCUCUCAUCCUGUCUCUUUUGAUAAAGCCUGCGAGUUUGGAGGAAUUCAGGCUCAGAUCCAGUUUGGGCCUCAUGUAGAACACAAGCAUAAGCCUGGAUUUCUAGACCUAAAGGAGUUUCUGCCUAAAGAGUACAUCAAACAGAGGGGAGCAGAAAAGAAAAUAUUUCAGGAACACAAAAACUGUGGAGAGAUGACUGAGAUAGAAGCAAAAGUAAAAUACGUCAAGCUGGCACGAUCUCUGCGGACAUAUGGAGUAUCGUUCUUCCUGGUGAAGGAAAAAAUGAAAAGCAAGAACAAACUGGUCCCCCGUUUGCUGGGCAUAACCAAAGACUCGGUGAUGCGCGUGGAUGAAAAGACCAAGGACGUCGUGCAGGAGUGGCCUUUGACUACUGUGAAGAGGUGGGCUGCCUCACCAAAGAGCUUCACACUGGAUUUUGGGGAGUAUCAGGAGAGUUACUACUCUGUCCAGACCACUGAAGGUGAACAGAUCUCACAACUCAUUGCUGGAUACAUUGACAUCAUCCUUAAAAAGAAGCAAAGCAAAGACCGAUUUGGGUUGGAAGGAGAUGAAGAAUCCACCAUGCUGGAAGAAUCAGUCUCCCCAAAGAAGUCCACGAUUCUGCAGCAGCAGUUUAACCGCGUGGGUCGGGUGGAGCAUGGCUGUGUGGCACUGCCAGCUGUUAUGCGUUCGGGAUCGAGUGGACCGGAAAGCUUUAACAUGGGCAGCAUGCCCUCUGCACAGCAACAGAUCAUGACUGGCCAAAUGCACAGAGGGCACAUGCCCCCACUGAGCUCGGCACAGCAAGCUCUAAUGGGGACCAUUAACACCAGUAUGCAAGCGGUCCAGCAGGCCCAGGCUGACCUCAGUGAAGUGGAUAACCUUCCACCUUUGGGACAAGACAUGGCGUCGAGGGUUUGGAUUCAGAACAAAGUGGAUGAGUCAAAACACGAGAUUCACUCCCAGGUUGACGCAAUCACAGCGGGGACUGCCUCCGUAGUCAACCUUACAGCCGGCGACCCCGCUGACACGGACUACACAGCUGUCGGCUGUGCCAUCACCACCAUCUCCUCCAACCUGACGGAGAUGUCCAAAGGCGUGAAGCUGCUGGCCGCUCUGAUGGAGGACGAAGUGGGCAGCGGGCAGGACCUGAUGCGCGCUGCCCGCACUCUGGCUGGGGCCGUGUCUGACCUGCUCAAAGCUGUGGAACCAGCUUCAGGAGAGCCUCGACAGACCGUGCUGACUGCUGCUGGCAGCAUCGGGCAGGCCAGUGGGGACCUGCUCCGCCACAUCGGCGAGAGCGAAACGGACGAGAGGUUCCAGGACGUGCUGAUGAACUUGGCCAAAGCUGUGGCGAACGCCGCGGCCAUGCUCGUCCUGAAGGCCAAGAACGUGGCGCAGGUGGCGGAGGACACCGUCCUGCAGAACCGGGUCAUUGCUGCGGCCACGCAGUGCGCCCUCUCCACGUCGCAGCUCGUCGCCUGUGCCAAGGUGGUGAGCCCCACUAUCAGCUCCCCAGUGUGCCAGGAGCAGCUGAUCGAGGCCGGGAAGCUGGUGGACCGCUCUGUGGAGGGGUGCGUCAAGGCCUGCCAGUCCGCCACCGAGGACGGGGAGCUGCUGCAGCAGGUGAGUGCAGCAGCCAGCGUGGUCAGCCAGGCCCUCAGUGACCUGCUGCAGCACGUCCGCCACUACGCCAGCCGCGGGGAGCCGAUCGGGCGCUACGACCAGGCCACGGACACCAUCAUGACCGUGACGGAGAGCAUCUUCAGCUCCAUGGGGGACGCUGGGGAAAUGGUCCGUCAGGCAAGAGUCUUGGCCCAGGCCACCUCGGAUUUAGUGAACGCUAUGAGGUCGGACGCUGAGGCCGAAAUAGAUGUGGACAACUCCAAGAAGCUUCUUGCUGCAGCUAAGCUCCUGGCUGAUGCUACAGCCCGAAUGGUUGAGGCUGCAAAGGGGGCCGCUGCCAACCCCGAGAACGAGGACCAGCAGCAGAGGCUGAGGGAGGCGGCAGAGGGGCUGAGGGUGGCCACCAACGCCGCCGCCCAGAACGCCAUCAAGAAGAAGCUCAUCAACAGGCUGGAGAACGCUGCUAAGCAGGCUGCGGCAGCUGCUACCCAGACCAUCGCUGCAUCCCAGAAUGCAGCAGCAUCCAACAAGAACACGGCCGCUCACCAGCAGCUGGUCCAGAGCUGCAAGGCUGUUGCAGACCACAUUCCCCAGCUGGUUCAGGGUGUGAGGGGGAGCCAGGCCCAGCCAGAGGACCUCAGUGCCCAGCUCGCACUCAUCAUCGCCAGCCAGAACUUCUUACAGCCUGGAAGUCGAAUGGUGACGUCUGCAAAAUCCGCUGUCCCAACCGUAACUGACCAGGCUGCAGCAAUGCAGCUGGGCCAGUGCGCCAAGAACCUGGCCACCUGUCUGGCUGAACUGAGGACUGCAGCACAGAAGGCCCACGAGGCCUGUGGUCCGAUGGAGAUCGAGUCGGCCCUCACUGCAGUUCAGACCCUGAAGAAUGAACUCCAGGAUGCCAAGAUGGCUGCCGCCGAAGGACAGUUAAAACCUCUUCCAGGAGAGUCGCUGGAGAAGUGUGCUCAGGACCUGGGAAGCACGUCCAAGGCUGUUGGGUCAUCGAUGGCACAGCUGCUGACGUGCGCCGCGCAGGGCAAUGAGCACUACACAGGUGUUGCAGCCAGGGAGACAGCGCAGGCGCUCAAGACUCUGGCCCAGGCGGCCCGCGGAGUCGCUGCCUCCACCGUGGACCCCCAGGCCGCGGCGGCCAUGUUGGACUCAGCCAGGGACGUGAUGGAGGGCUCCGCCAUGCUGAUCCACGAGGCCAAGCAGGCCCUGGUCUCCCAGGGCGACGCCGAGAGCCAGCAGAGACUGGCACAGGUGGCAAAGGCUGUGUCCCACUCGCUGAAUAACUGUGUGAACUGUCUGCCGGGGCAAAAGGAUGUUGACAUGGCCUUGAAAAGCAUCGGAGAAGCCAGCAAGAAGCUCCUGGUGGAUUCUCUGCCCCCCAGCACUAAGUCCUUCCAGGAAGCCCAGAGUGAAUUGAACCAGGCUGCUGCUGAUCUCAACCAUUCGGCUGGGGAGGUGGUCCAUGCUUCCAGGGGCACCAGCAGCGAGCUAGCUGUAGCUUCUGGGAAAUUCAGUGAGGACUUUGAUGAAUUCCUGGAUGCUGGGAUUGAAAUGGCAGGCCAGACUCAGUGCAAGGAGGACCAGAUCCAAGUCAUUGGAAACCUGAAGAACAUUUCCAUGGCUUCCAGUAAACUGCUUUUAGCUGCCAAGUCCCUCUCAGUGGACCCUGGAGCACCCAAUGCCAAGAACCUUUUGGCAGCAGCAGCAAGAGCAGUGACGGAGAGCAUUAACCAGCUAAUCACACUGUGUACCCAGCAGGCGCCAGGGCAGAAGGAGUGUGACAAUGCUCUGCGAGAACUGGAGGCUGUGAAGGGAAUGCUGGAUAACCCUAACGAGCCCAUCAGCGAUCUCUCCUACUUCGACUGCAUUGAAAGUGUGAUGGAGAACUCCAAGGUUCUCGGAGAGUCCAUGGCAGGCAUUUCUCAGAACUGCAAGACGGGGGACCUGCCAGCGUUUGGGGAGUGUGUCAGUGUAGCUUCCAAAGCCCUGUGUGGGUUGACUGAGGCUGCUGGUCAGGCUUCAUAUCUGGUUGGUGUGUCUGACCCCAACAGCCAGGCAGGCCAUCAGGGCCUUGUGGAUCCCAUCCAGUUUGCACGUGCAAACCAGGCUAUUCAGAUGGCCUGUCAGAAUCUGGUGGACCCAGCGAGCAGCCCCUCUCAGGUGUUGUCUGCAGCCACUAUUGUAGCCAAGCACACCUCCGCCUUGUGCAACGCCUGUCGCCUCGCCUCCUCCAAAACUGCCAAUCCUGUGGCCAAGCGACACUUUGUGCAGUCAGCAAAGGAGGUGGCAAACAGCACCGCCAAUCUUGUCAAAACAAUCAAGGCUCUGGACGGGGAUUUCUCAGAAGAGAACCGUGACAAAUGCCGGGUUGCCACCACGCCCCUCAUAGAGGCUGUGGAGAACCUGACGGCGUUCGCCUCCAAUCCGGAAUUCGCCAGCGUUCCGGCGCAGAUCAGUAACGAGGGGUCAGCAGCCCAAGAGCCAAUCCUGCGGUCUGCUAGGGCCAUGCUGGACAGCUCAGCAAACCUCAUAAAGACCGCCCGCUCUCUGGUCAUCAACCCAAAGGAUCCACCAACCUGGUCAAUUCUUGCUGGCCACUCUCGGACAGUGUCAGACUCUAUCAAGAGCCUGAUCACAUCCAUCAGGGAUAAAGCUCCAGGACAGCGCGAAUGUGACUACUCCAUCGACAACAUUAAUAAAUGCAUUCGGGAUAUUGAGCAAGCUUCUCUAGCUGCUGUGAGCCAGAAUCUGCCUACGAGAGAUGACAUUUCCUUGGAGCCUUUGCAAGACCAGUUGACAUCUGCAGUGCAGGAGAUUGGACAUCUCAUUGAUCCCAUAUCUACAGCAGCUAGAGGAGAGGCUGCCCAGCUGGGACACAAGGUCACGCAGCUAGCUAGUUACUUUGAGCCUCUAAUCCUGGCUUCUGUGGGUGUGGCGUCCAAGAUCUUGGAUCACCAGCAGCAGAUGACUGUGCUUGACCAAACUAAGACCCUGGCUGAGUCUGCUCUGCAGAUGCUGUACGCUGCCAAAGAAGGAGGGGGAAACCCAAAGGCAGCUCACACCCAUGACGCCAUCGCCGAGGCGGCUCAGCUGAUGAAGGAGGCUGUCGAUGACAUCAUGGUCACGCUGAAUGAAGCAGCCAGUGAAGUGGGAAUGGUUGGGGGAAUGGUGGACUCCAUCGCAGAGGCCAUGGGCAGACUGGAUGAGGGGACACUCCCGGAACCAGAAGGUUCAUUUGUGGACUAUCAGACGACCAUGGUGAAAUACUCCAAGGCAAUAGCUGUCACUGCACAGGAAAUGAUGACGAAGUCUGUGACCAGCCCAGAGGAGCUGGGGGGGCUGGCCUCUCAGGUGACCACAGACUAUGGGCACCUGGCCCACCAGGGUCGCCUCGCUGCCGCCACCGCGGAACCUGAAGAGAUCGGGUUCCAGAUCAAGACGCGCGUGCAGGAGCUGGGGCACGGCUGUAUCUUCCUGGUUCAGAAAGCGGGGGCCCUACAAAUCAGCCCCACAGACAGCUUCACCAAGAGAGAGCUCAUCGAGUGUGCCCGAGCUGUCACCGAGAAGGUUUCCAUGGUCCUGUCUGCACUGCAGGCCGGGAAUAAAGGCACACAGGCCUGCAUCACAGCCGCCAGCGCAGUCUCUGGCAUCAUCGCCGACCUGGACACCACCAUCAUGUUUGCCUCCGCAGGCACGCUCAAUUCCGAGAACGAGGAGUCGUUUGCAGACCACAGAGAAAACAUCUUGAAGACUGCCAAGGCUUUGGUUGAAGACACCAAAAUGCUGGUGGCGGGUGCUGCUUCCAGUCAGGACAAACUGGCGCAGGCUGCCCAGUCGUCCGCCAAAACCAUAACCCAGUUGACGGACGUGGUGAAGCUCGGCGCGGCCAGCAUCGGCUCGGAUGACCCGGAAACACAAGUGGUGCUGAUCAAUGCGGUGAAGGACGUCGCCAAGGCUCUGGCGGAGCUGAUUGGCGCCACGAAGAGCGCUGCAGGAAAGCCAGCCGACGACCCGUCCAUGUACCAGCUGAAGAGCGCUGCCAAGGUAAUGGUGACGAAUGUCACUUCGCUUUUGAAGACGGUGAAGGCUGUGGAGGACGAAGCCACUCGGGGUACGAGAGCUCUUGAGGCCACCAUUGAAUGCAUCAAACAGGAGCUGACGGUGUUCCAGUCGAAGGAGGUGCCAGAGAGAACAUCCACGCCUGAGGACUUCAUCCGCAUGACAAAGGGCAUCACCACGGCAACGGCCAAAGCCGUGGCCGCCGGAAACUCGGCGCGGCAGGAGGAUGUGAUCUCCACCGCAAACCUGAGCCGCAAGGCCAUUUCAGACAUGCUGCUGACCUGCAAGCAAGCUGCCUGUCACCAGGAGGUGAGCGAGGAAGUGAGAAACCGGGCACUUCAUUUUGGCACGGAGUGUACCGUGGGCUACGUAGAGCUUCUGGAACAUGUGCUGGUGGUCCUUCAGAAACCCACCCCUGAGCUGAAGCAGCAGCUGGCGGUGUUCUCCAAGCGCGUGGCGGGAGCUGUCACCGAGCUCAUUCAGGCAGCAGAGGCCAUGAAAGAUGGAGGUAACGAAUGGGUGGACCCAGAAGACCCCACUGUCAUCGCCGAGACGGAGCUGCUGGGGGCGGCAGCUUCUAUAGAGGCCGCAGCUAAGAAGCUGGAGCAGCUGAAGCCCAGGGCCAAGCCUAAGCAAGCAGAUGAAAACCUGGACUUCGAGGAGCAGAUCCUGGAAGCGGCCAAAUCCAUCGCCGCCGCGACCAGCGCCCUGGUGAAAUCUGCGUCGGCAGCACAGAGGGAGCUGGUGGCACAGGGCAAAGUUGGAUCCAUUCCUGCCAAUGCUGUAGACGAUGGUCAGUGGUCCCAGGGGCUAAUCUCUGCAGCUCGGAUGGUGGCGGCUGCUACCAGCAACCUGUGUGAGGCUGCCAACGCCUCCGUCCAGGGCCACGCCAGUGAGGAGAAGCUGAUCUCUUCUGCCAAGCAGGUGGCUGCCUCUACAGCUCAGCUGCUGGUGGCCUGCAAAGUGAAGGCGGACCAGGACUCGGAGGCUAUGAGGAGGCUACAGGCUGCUGGGAAUGCUGUCAAGAGAGCUUCGGAUAACCUGGUCCGAGCAGCUCAGAAAGCAGCGUUUGACAAGGCCGACGACGACGCUGUUGUGGUUGAAACCAAAUUCGUCGGUGGAAUUGCCCAGAUCAUCGCCGCGCAGGAGGAGAUGCUGCGGAAGGAGCGAGAGCUGGAGGAGGCCCGCAAGAAGCUGGCCCAGAUCCGGCAGCAGCAGUACAAGUUCCUGCCCACCGAGCUGAGGGGGGAUGAGAACUGAGGGCCUCUCUUGCGCGUCUGCUGUUUUGAUUUGAAAGGGACACUGCAGCCUACCUGUGACUGGUGAAGCAACCAGCAGCAGCCAAUCUGUGUGUGUGUGUGUAUGCUGGAGGUACUGCCAUUAAAAAAAAAAAUGACCACUUCUACUUCUACAACCCAAGAGUUCUAGUGCUUAAGCAAAGCCAUCCAGUUCUCUUCCGCUAGCUGGGGCUAUGGAUGCAUCUCAUUAGCAGUCGGGUGGAUCUGAAAACCUGUCCGUCUGCUAAAGAGGGGAUUCUAUUGCUGUCGUAGGGGUUUGCAUCUGAAUUGUUGGGAACUUAAAAAUGCUCCUUUACACGACUGAAGGACUAGGUGUAUUUUAUACAUGGUGCAGAUGAAAAUUCACGUAGUCUUAUAAUUAAAACAACUCCUUAAGCUUCUAAAAUAUCCACUCUGGGACCUGCUUUCUCUUCUUCUUUCAGUUUGUUGAAUAUAGAAACAUCGAAGUAUUAUAAACUAUUCUGGGAAAACAAUACCUUUUAAAAAAAGCUGUGAAGGACCCAGUCCUUAUUUUUUUCAUCUUCAUUUUAAAAUGGAGAAUAAUAAAAUGAGAAAUACAGUACACACACGCGCUUUGGUUUUGUAUAGCUUUGGAAAGGCUGCAAAUGCCUAAAUUUAUGUAGGAAAUGUACUGCAAACAGUUGGGGAUUCUUCAGCAAUCUGCAGUAUUCUGAUGAUAAAUUAUCCUGGAUGAUUCUUAACAUCGGGAGUUUUACCUUAAUUGAUGUAAUGUAGUUCUCUUAUUGCUGUACACCAAAUGACAUUUUUGGAAAUGCUUUCAUGGUGUGUGCCAAUGUUUAUUUUAUAUGCUUCUAUUAAAAAAUAAGGAACAUGUGUGUCUCCAUGACAGUUACACAUUUCAGGGGUACCACAUCAAAACAUUUAAGGGAACUUUUUAUUUCAUAAAAAUGUUCCAAUGAUUUACUGAAUCAAAUACAGUAUUUUCAUUCAGUGGAGUACUACUAAGCCUCUAGAAUUGAUCAGCUUUCUUUAAAAUCUUUAAGGGGGGGUGGUAGUGAAGACAUUUUCUGUUGAAGAACUCUUGUAACCAUUUCAAGAAUUCCACAGGUUUGGAUUGGUCUACAAAUGACAUUGCGUACAGUUUUGUUUCAGUAAAAAACAGAACUGGUAUGCUUACUUUUGAUUAUGAAGCAUACUGUACCAGUUCCAGGUGUGUUGUGGAGUAGGAGUAUAGAGAACGGUAUCCUGUUCCUAUUACAAGUUGCUUCUGCAGUACUUAUUGAGCCAUAUACUGUAUAUUCUAAAGCUUCUUAAGGUCUCCAACUCUGUUCCUGGAGAGCUACAAUCCAGACAGAAUUAGGGGUCACCUCUUCUAAAGUAAACUCUAAGAAUUUUUUAAUCUUGUAGUCUUGAAACUUGUAUUUUGCUCAGUUAAGACAGAACUCUUAAUUGGGGCCGGAAGGUCUCGCAUGAUCUCUGAAUUUCUUGAUUCGACACUACACCUGCUUAAUUGAUCACAAUCCGUCUGUUCCAAGAUGUUUUAAGGUGUACCACCUGCUGAAUUGGGGCUCUGCAGGACUGAAGUUGGAGGCCCCUGUUCUAGAGUAUCUACCUACUAUGCCAUGCGAUACAACUGAUGGUCAAAUUGCGCCUGGAAGCAGGCUUAUGAUAGUUUAGAACAAGUAGCUUAAUUUCUGCUUCCCAUACUCUGCCUUCCAUUGUCUUGCAUGCGCUACACAUUUAAAACAUCAGGGAGGCAUUAUAGACCACUAACAUUUAGUCUAGCUAGCUAGAUGAUAAAGACUAUAUAGAAAGCAAAAAAAUGUACAGUUACUUUUUUUAAAAAAUAUGUAAACCAUAGAAUGUCCUUUUUUCUUAAAAAAAUAAAAAGAUUUUUCUCUUCCAGGGGCAGCAGAUGAAUUCAUUGUAUUUCUUGAUAUUAUUCUUGUUGUACUCGUAUAGUAUUCUUCUAAUAAAUACUCUGGGUCAGCAAAUGAAAAGUCCUCAUCUGCCUUUGGUUAGUGAGGUGGCGAAGGCUUCGGGAUCUUCAAAGAUCCAUUUCUCCGAACGGCGUGACAGAAGGUUUUUUUUCGUACUGCCUUGUAAGCAUGAGAGCAUUUUGAGAAGGCAGCAUGUUUUGAGAAUUUUGGGAGGUUCAUUUUAGUUGUCAUCGGGCGUGCGGGGGAAAAGAAGGAUAUUAAGCAAUUUAAAACUGAUCUGGGUUUUACAGUGUUAGUCUAGUAUGCUUUUCCUGUUACUAUGGAAAUCAAUUGGUGCUCUGAGUGUGAAUCUGUUACCCUUUGAUAAUGGGCAAUAUUUUUAUUCCGUCUCCUGUUUAAUGAAAGUUUUUUUUUUUGUUUGGUUAGGUUCCAGUCUUGUUCAACUGCUAAUUGACGGUAAAAUACAGUGACUUAAACUAGGCAGUAGAUGUUUGGUGUUUAGAACAAUCCUCAAGGCUUAAGCUCUUUUUUAAUUUAAAGAGGGUGAAAAAUAUAUUCUACAGCGCCUGGUCCAUCUCAAUAUUGUCUCAAAGUUCUGUUUUAUUCAUUUCUUUUUAGUAAUAUGAGCGUUUCUAUGUACUUAAGUAGAUCUUACAUCUGAUUCUUUUAGAAUCAGGUGUUAGGCCAGAGUUGGGAUGGAGCAGUUACUCUGAAAACCUCUCCAUAAUCUGAAGGAGCUAGUUUUAAGAAACUCUUAGCUGUCAGACUCGCAGUGUGUGAAAAGUUAAUUCCACUGCUGUAAGUGCAUGGCUUUUUGUCAAACAAAUAAUAUAUUCAUGUGUUAUUCUUUUCAACACUGCAAACACUGUAGGAUGCACUGAUUUUUUUUUUAAGCACUGCGCACAAAGAUUAAUUUCUUUUUGCCAAAUGUUUCCACUGGUGUUACUGUUGCAUAACAGCAGAAGAAUCAGUCCAUUUCUGGAUGGGAAUACAUUUUGUAUGUACUAUGGAGUCCCUCAAUGCUGCUUAGCUUUUUAACACUGGGUCAAUGUGUUUCUGGGGGUCCAUUUCUCCCCCCUGUUUCCUUCUGGGCUUUUGUAGCUUAUUAGUGCCUUAGUCUAUAGUGCUUACAGCCUCAUCUGCCAAAACAAAAGUCCUGCCAUGCAGCUCUGUAGCCCAGGUAGUACCCUCUCCUGGACUGUUUUGCCUGUAGUUACAUUUCUCUCUGCUUUAUAUGUGUGCAUGACCACCCCGUAGAACUCUGCCUUUUUACUCUGGUUGCCUUGCAAGGCAGCUCAGCUUCUUUCAUCUGAAUAAUGUGCUGAUGUAUAAAAAAUAUAAAACAUUAUAAAUAAAUCUUUGUUAUAUAUGUAUAAACAAGACCUCCUUUUUGUACUGCAUUCCAUGAGCAUGUGCUAAGGUGCUUUAGAAUUCUUUAGAGAUGCACCUUUUCGUCAUGAUGCGUAUUGGCUGUUACAGCUCACCCACAUUAAAGGGACUGCCUUUUCUUGUUUUCCUCCUUUAAGUCACUACGGAUGAUUUUUUUUUAAAAGAGUAAAUGUUGUGAGGACAGUAAAAUAUGAACCUGUGGUCUACACAGUUUAGUGUGUUGUGUUUUACUGGAGAUGAAAACAAAUCCUACCUAUAUUUUGACUGUAUGUUUUGCUUUUCCUUUACAGAAUAAAUACAUGAACUACAAAAACAGUAGAUAUGAAGUUGAAGCUGUAUGUAUACUAUUUAUCUGGCCACAAAAAAAUAUUUUUUUGUAUUCAACAAAAAUAAAGGAUUUCAAAGUAUUCUCCA